AUGAUCUCUCACACGCUAAGGUUGCCGACAGCAAGGAAGAUGGCCUCCACUGUUCGGUGGUACUCGACCGCGAUGGCCAUCACAGAUCCCCUCGUCAAAUACCGGACGCUGGUCUCAACCAAAGUCCUCUCACCCGACCAAGAUCAACACAGACUGGCCAUCCACCUCCAAAAACUCUAUGGCCGCCUCAAGGACUACGCCCCCGAAGUCGACUAUCGCGAGCGUCUGAAGCAAGUAGCAGAUAUUCCAGAAGCCCGCGAUCCAGAGGAGGCCGCCGCGACUCUGGCCAUGCCGAGCCACCCCAUCUGGGACAAUCCCCUCUUCAAACAUCUCGCCCGCAAGGCCAUGCCGGAACCGAAAGACUCCAACCCCAUGGCCCUCGUCCACGUCAUGACCAGCCUGGAGGGUGCAAUGACUAUCAACUCGCCCAGGGGCCUCUUCCUUUCCGGGGAGGUCGGCGUGGGAAAGUCCAUGUUGAUAGACCUCCUGGCACAGGGUCUGCCGACGGAGAGGAAAAGGCGAUGGCACUUCAACACCUUCAUGCUUUACACCUUUUCGCAGCUGGAAAAGUUCCGCCAGUCCCAUACCGAGCUGGACGGAAACGAAAAGGAGUAUGCCAUGCUGUGGCUGGCCAAGAAGCUUGUGGAAGAGUCCCCUAUCCUGUUCCUCGACGAGUUCCAGCUGCCUGACCGUGCCGCCAGCAAGAUCCUCAGCCACUUGUUCAUCGCCUUCUUCCACCUCGGCGGCGUUCUCGUCGCUUCGUCUAAUCGCGUGCCUGAAGAGCUACAAAAAGCCAUUGGUAUCGAGUACACUGUUGCUCCUUCUGAUGGGUUCCUCAAGAGCCUUUUCCUGAGCGGGGCUCGCUCACGAGGUACUAGACAUGGUCAGAACGACUUUGCUGCCUUUCUUGAAGUUCUAAAAGCUCGCUGUGACUUCUGGCACAUGGAAGGCGCCAUUGACUGGAGGCGUCGGGAAAGUGGAGAUAAGGCUGUCGUUGAAGCCAUGCUCAUUGAGAAGGCGGGAAUCGCGGCAGAACCGGCGGAUACUCACGAGGGUAAGCCAACCAUUCACUGGUCCAAUUGCACGAUACUAAUGGAUUCAGAAACAUCCAAAGAGACAACGAAACCGGCAAAGUACUUCCUGACCCCCGAAACCUCAGGAUGGACAUUAGAACUGGCAGACCUCCUGUCCCGACCAUGGAGCCCGGCAACCCUUACCGUCUACGGCCGCACGAUUCCCGUCCCGCGCCAACGAGACGGCGUAGCCUAUUGGGACUUUGAAGCCCUCGUCGCAACCUUUGGCCCGGCAGACUACGUGACCAUGGCGUCAACCUACCACACCUUCAUCAUCGACAACGUCCCAAUCAUGACCACGCUCCACAAGAACGAAGCCCGACGCUUCAUCACCCUCCUCGACGCCUUGUACGAAGCUCGCUGUAAGCUCUUCGUCCGCGCUCAGACCGGCCCCGACGACCUCUUCUUCCCCGACAUCCGGGCCGCGCAAGCAGAGAUGGCCGCCGCCGCAGAAGCCGCCGCCGCAGCAGCAGCGGCCUCCGGAACCACCGCCCAACCGGGAGAGGAAGUCGUCUCCUCGGACGCAAUCUACUCCGAGACCAUCGCCGAAGUCUACCAAGACUCCGCAGCCCCCUUCCGCCCUAACAUAUCCUACUACGACACCGACGCCCCGACCUCAAAAUACGACCCGGACCAGGACUCGGAUUUUGGCCGCCUCGGCAACGUGAGCAGCGCCACGGGCGCCUCGAGCCCGAAUUUCAGCAAUACAGCCGGCUUCAUAGGCGAGGACGAGAGCUUCGCGUACCGCCGGGCCGCGAGUCGACUGUGGGAGCUGUGCAGCGCCUCGUGGCAUGCGAGGGGGGCCGAGGGCGACCCGGCGGAGUGGUGGACGCCUGUUCCGCGUACGGCGCGGCACUGGGAGAAUUCCGCGCCGUCCAAGCCCAAGAGAGACGAGCCGUCGCCGCCGCGGAAGCAGAGUGACGCCGUCAUGGGGCCGUCGAGGCCGGUCGAAGAGCCGUUUGGGACCGAUAAGCUUGUCAUUGAGAGGUGGCGGGCCUUGGAGGAGGCUGAGCGCCGGCGGGGAGAGUCAUCGUCCUAA